CGUUCUGAGCCGAGCAGCAAUACUGCCGUGGACAAUCCUCUUCCACAACUUCUGGAGACCCCUUCCGGCCUCGCAAUCGUGGAACUACAGGGCAGUGUAUUGAGCGAGGAGCAAGAAAGCGGUGCGGUGCAGGCGCUGAGCCUGGGACGUCUUGUCUUUCCAGCGGCAGAACACGGGGAGAACUCAGACUGGGAUGGCAAACGCGUCUUUCUUUUCAUUGGAAAGCACCAGCGGAUGGCCGGCGAAGUCAAGAAGCUGAGCAAGCCAGUUGCUGUCAUGCGACGG